CAAAGUCUUCUCAGCAGCUUCUCAGAUCUGACAUUCUCCUCUGUGACACUUCAGAAGCCUUCAGUGGAAGGACAGAUGAUGCCAGUCUAUAUUUGCCCCUUUUGCUCAUUGCUGGCAUGCCACUCUCAGAAAGAAUCAGCUGUCUCGUGUUACCGCAAUAACUUUACCGUGGCAGUCGCAGAAACCUGGCAGGGAAUUGCCUUCAUCCGAAAAUCAAGGUUUGUCAGGAGCAACAAAUGUGAAAUUUACUAUUAUCCGAGCAUAAGAAGAAAUUGUGGAUCCUUCACACAGAAGCUGCUCUUAAUCCAAGAAGCUCUCAUUGCAUGUCAGAUUGGCGGUAUUCCUGAUCCUGCAGCCAUGGACCCGCACGCCCAAGGGAAUGGGGCAGAAGCCCCCAGAUUUUACCACUUGGAUCUUUACGACUCAACAGAAGAUUUAGAAAUCUUGUCAGAAGAACCGUUCCGCAGAAGAGAUCUGGCUGUGCGUGAAACUAGCGAGACUCAAAACACAGAGCAGCAAGCAAUGCCCAGCAUGGAUCCUGAGGAUCAACACCCAGAUAAUGGAAGAGACAGCAAUGCCAGGAAAGUUAUUGCUGGUUACGACACAGAAAACAAACAACCCUCUGUGCUAAAGAGCACGGACCAAGUGGCAGAUACGUACUGCAUUAUAUGCUGUGCUCCAGUCCGAGCUGUUGAUAAAGGGAGUAGCGGACAUGAUGAGCAUGAGGUCAUUCCUCUUGACAGUGUGGUUGAAAUUGCAAAGGAUGAGCUUCAGAAAAACAUAUGUAAACUGGAAGAUCAGAUUACUCACCUGGAGAGUUUUUCUAGCCACUUGGAGGAAAUUUUUAUCACCGUAGAGGAGAAUUUCACUAGACAAGAGCGAACCCUUGACAGGCAGUACAGCAAUAUGAUGCAAACCCUUGAGCAAAGGUAUGACGAAAACAUGCAGGGUUUGGGGGAAGAAAAGAAGGAGAAGUUGGAAGCCUUAUACAAGCAGCUGGUGAGCUGCGGAGAAAACCUGGACACCUGUAAAGAGCUGAUGGAAACAAUUGAGGAUCUGGGCCAGGGUGAAAAUAAAGUGAAUGCAAUAAAGACUGCGGUAGCUACAAUUCACAGAUUGGACAAAUUCUUGAAAAAGGAUGUGGAUGUAGAUCUUUCAACACCAGCAGAUUUUGAAGCCCGAGUCAUAGAUUUCUCUGACUUUCAAGAACGAAUGGACUCCAUUAAUUCUGUGCCGGCUCUUUCGCCUCCUUGUGCACCAGUGAUGAACUCCCAGGACCCCAAUUCUGCCACGGGUACAUCUGUCAGAGUGUGCUGGAGCUUCUUCUCAGAAGAUAUUGUUGAAAGCUACCAGCUGUACUACAAACGAGUAAGCAGUGAAACGUCAAAAGAGGAGGAAGUUGAUUUUAUGCUAAAUGUGAAAGAAACCUACUGUACAGUGACUAACCUGACACCUAAUGCACAGUAUGAAUUUUGGGUGAAAGCCCUCAACAGAGCCGGGGUUGGUUCAGCAAGUGAAAGAGCUGUUUACAUCACAGCUCCUUUGCCACCUGUCCUCAAAAGGAAGGAGAUCCAAAGCUGUGACCAUGUAGCACUUGUGCGCUGGGAAUCUGGGAACACGAAUCCUGUUGACUCCUACACUGCUGAAUUAUCCAAGCUGACAAAUGGAGAGGAUGGGAGCUUUAUUACGGAGUCCAUUGUUGGCAUUCCGAAUUGUGAAACUCUGAUUCAGUUGGAGCCAGGAAACAACUAUCUGCUUUCUAUGAAAGCCAUUAACAUGGGGGGUGCCAGUGAACGGAGUGCACCUGUCUCCAUCCUUAGCACAGGCACUUUCUUUACUCUGAAUGAGGAGACAGCCCAUCCCUUACUGUCUGUGCUAGAGGACGGAUUGACAAUUACGUGUUGCAAAAUGGAGAGUCCCAAAACCGAUUUGUCCUUCUGUGAAAAUAAUUUCACAAGAUCCAUUGCCAUCUUGGGAAAGCCGAUACCGUUCCAAGGAAAACAUUACUGGGAGGUGGACGUGGAUGAAAACAUUGAAUAUCGUAUCGGUGUAGCUUUUCAAAACGUGCCCAGAAACAGCUACUUGGGCACAAGCCACUCCUCCUGGUGUAUGAGGCACACUGUCACCUCUUCCAGACAUACCUAUGAAUUUCUGAACAAUGGGAUGAUGCCAGACAUCAGGAUUACUGUGGCUCCCCGGAGAAUUGGGCUUCUCCUUGAUUAUGACAAAGGGACACUGUCGUUUUUUAACAUGGAUAUCAAGCAGCACCUCUAUACCUUCCACAACCACUUCCAGGACUUUGUCUGUCCUUGUUUUGCUCUGGAAGAGCCCGGCACACUCCGGAUUCUGAACGGCAUUGCCGUGCCCAUGGAUGCGAUUUUGUGAUUCAGGGUAGCUGUUCGGCAUGCGUGCCCAGCUCUUGCAUGCCUCUGUUAAAACCCACAGCUGCUCACAUUUGCAACCAUUCUCAUUUAAACACCAUCUGCUUUAUUCUCUCAGUUUUUAAAAAAUUAUACCCUACCUAUCUUUGAACUUAAAGCGAUCUACAGACAAAAUUUAAAACAAGACCAACAUAACAUCAGAUUACAAAGUUUCCCACAAGACGCAGUAAUGGCCACCAGCUUGGAUGGCUUUAAAAGAAGAUUAGACAAAUUCAUGGAGGACAGGGCUAUCAAUGGCUACUAGCCAUGAUGGCUGUGCUCUGCCACCCUAGUCAGAGGCAGUAUGCGAAAACCAGUUGCCGGAAGCCUCAGUGUUCUUGCACUCGGGUCCUGCUUGCGGGCUUCCCCCAGGCACCUGGUUGGCCACUGCGAGGACAGGAUGCUGGACUAGAUGGGCCACUGGCCUGAUCCAGCAGGCUCUUCUUAUGUUCUUAGUUGCAAAAUAGAAAACGGCUAAGUAGCUGAAAGACAAAAACAGAAAGCGGAACCUGCAAGAACUGUUACAUUUCACUUGCUUUAUAAACCUGUUAGACUGUGCACCUUUGGGUCACAGACAGGUUAGCCUUCCAAGGCCUUUAUUGGUGCCUUAUUGGUUGGACCUCCAAACUGGCUCCAGGAACAUCUGCAAAGAACAAUUAUGACUCCGUGUAAGACGCAGCAUUUGGAGAAAAGAGCUUCCCCUCCCCACUUUCUUUUUUUGCUUCUUCACCAGUUUCCUAAAUAAGCAGUUCUGGAGGCAAUUCAAAGCUUGUUAUUGCUUAUGAAUAUUUACAGAGCAAUGAGGAUGCACUGAGCCCACCUGCAGUAAUAAUUAACAGAAAUAAAAAAAAAACACAGGUGCCACUGUGAGUGUUCUUUAAGGAUGCUCUUUGACAAUUAAGAUCUAGUUGCUUUAUACAGGGGUGGGUACAAGGGUGCAGUUGUCCAAAUUCUCAGGAGAUCUUAGAACCCUUACUUUUUUGGGAGCAGGGUCCCUGUGUCUCCAGCAUCUUACAAGCCAAUCAGCAUGAAAGGGGAGUGUGUUAGCCACUGCAAAGAGUUUUCUAACAUCCUUCUACUUUCCUGCUGAUUGGAGCCAGAGUGAAAAGGAGGUGAGUCAGCCACUGAGAAGACUCUUCUCAGUAGCUAACUCUCUCCCCUUUCAUGCUGAUUGGCUCCUAGGACAUCUGUUGUUGUGGAAGAAGGCAUUAACAAGGAUCUCAUUCUCAACCCAGCAGCAAAAAAGGGGGGAAGGGUGUGUGGCUGUGGCUAUCAUGAAGAGACCCUGCACUUCUGAAUUUGCCAGUACAGUACUGGGUGUGCAACCUGUAGCUCUCCAGGUGUUGUCAGACUCCAACUUGCACUAGCUGCAGGAGCAUGGUAAAUGGUCAGGCAUUAUGGGAUUAGGAGUCUAAUGACAGCUGGAAAGCCACAGGUCACCCUUCACCCUAGCAUUAUAGAGUAUGUUUAAAAGCUCGGUAGGGUUAGGCUGAGAGACAGUGACAGGGCCAAGGUCACCCAGUGAGCUUCAUGGCCCUGUGGGGAUUUGAACCCUGGUCUCCCAGGUCCUGGUCCGGCAUGCUAACCGCUACACCACCGUGGCUGUUAGUGCCAGUUUGGAAACUCCUGAUCUGCACCAUCUACAAUGACUGGCACUGGCUGUCCUGGGUUUCAGGUAGGGGACUCCCCAGUUCAGCGUGGAGAUUCCAGGGAUUUAACCUGGCACUUUCUGCUGCUAAAGCAGAUGCUCUUCUACCGAGCUCUGUGUGGCCCAGUGAGCUAGACAGACCAACGGUCUGGUUCCGUACAAGGCCGUUUCCUAUGUUCCUCAUUCCAGCGGGGCCGGUGAAGGAGAUGGAGGUCUGUGCUUUGCAGCAGGUGGAUGCUCUGUGCUUUGGGGGAACAUGAUGCUUUGUUACGGAUUAGCACCAUCUGAGAGCUUGCAGGACUCUCCUGUACUCGACAUGCCUGUUUGUAAAGAACCAUUUCACACCACAAGCCUUGAAUGCUCUCUCCUCACAAGGAAAUGGACCCUGUUCAGUGGCUUCCCCUGAAGCUGCCCACCGCUCGAGGACACGGGUAGCAAGUUUUGUUCGUGUUUGUUACAAGUAUAUCUUUUUAUUUAUUUAUUGAAAAAAUCCCAGCCUUCUCUGAAGUUGAUUUACCCUUUUUAUUCAGCAGCUUCAUAUCACUCCAUAUAUUUUGAUUCUCCUCCACUGUUUAUGUGCUUCAAACAACGUCCUCUUAUUUGUAGACUUUGCUCUUUAGAUUUGCACAAUUUGAAUUCCGAAAACUUAAGUUGAGCCACCCAAAUGAACAGUGAAAAAUGUACGUCAGUUCAAGGAUAGGAAGCCCUCACUUCCUUGCCUCGAAGGUAUCCAACAUCUUGCGAGAUUUAGUAAUACUUAUUUUUAUGAUGUGUAUUUCUAAUUUAAAGUGCUGAGACUGAUGAUCACCGCUAGAGGGCAGUGGCUGAAGCUGCAUUGAAAGACUGCAUCUUGUUACUGUAGGACAAAUCUAGCGCUAAUAAAGCUGGCAGGCCUCAAA